CGUCGGUGACAGAUUCAAAUAUGGCCGCCUCCGUAGCGCUACAUGCCGAACCAUUCACGCAUGUUAUUUCCACGCCAAAUGUACUUUGUUGAUAUUUAAUUACAUUUAUAUUAUAGCUCAUGUCGCCCUCGCUGGUUGCAGCCUCCGUCCGCUUGAUCAGACUGCGGUUCCCACUGCAAAGGACGCUAUCCACCAUCCAGCCCAGCAAUGGCUCACCUUCUUCCCCGCCGACCGAGCCGAGACCCUGGAAGGACCCGGGGGACCGCUCCGUGCUUCUUUUCCCCGGCCAAGGCAGUCAGUUUGUGGGCAUGGGUCGAGGGCUUUUGCGAUACCCCAACGUCGGAAACAUGUUCGAGGUGGCCCGGAAGAUCCUCGGCUACGACCUGCUGUCAUUGUGCCUAAACGGCCCCGAGGAGGAACUCACAAAGACGGUGCACUGCCAGCCGGCGGUGUUCGUCAUCUCCCUGGCUGCCGUGGAGAAGCUCAACCAUCAAAAUCCCAAAGCCAUUGAGACCUGCGUCGCCGCCGCCGGCUUCAGCGUGGGCGAGUUUGCCGCACUCGUCUUCUCUGGCGCCCUGAGCUUCGCUGAAGCUCUGUACGCGGUGAAGGUGCGCGCCGAGGCCAUGCAGCGGGCGUCGGAGCUGGCACCCAGUGGGAUGCUGUCGGUGGCGGGCAAGGCUCAGGCGCAAUACAAGCACGCCUGCCUGCUGGCCAAGGAGCACUGCCGCGAGUUGGGGCUGGAGGAGCCCGUGUGCGCCGUGGCCACCUUCCUCUUCCCUGAUGGCAGGGUGAUCGCCGGACACCGGCAGGCGCUUGACUUCCUGCAGCAGAACGCCAAGCGGUUCCACUUCCUCAGGACCAAGAUGCUCCCCGUCAGCGGCGCCUUCCACACGGAGCUCAUGAGCGCCGCAAUCGAGCCCCUCCGAGAUGUUCUGCGACAGAUUGAGGUACGUCGUCCCGAGAUCAACGUCUACUCCAACGUGGAUGGCAAGCGCUACAUGAGCGAGGACCACGUGCGGCGCCAGCUGACGCGGCAGCUGACGGCGCCCGUCAAGUGGGAGCAGACACUGCACGAAAUAUUUGAGCGGGCGCGCGGCCAACGCUUCCCCUGUGUCUACGAGGUCGGGCCCGGCCGGCAGCUGGGCGCCACGCUGAAGCGAUGCAACCGCAAGGCCUUCGAGGGAUACACGCACGUCGACCCAGCUGACGAUGACGAACAAUAACGCAAAAGUUGGAUGGACUCAAGUAAACCUGAAAGUGCCGUCCAACAGGGGGCCCGUGAUGUCAUCACCAGGUCCUGCCUGGGGGGUGGACGAGCCGACGACGGCGUUGGCGGCGCGUCUCGGCCCUCGUGUUUGCUCCACCAUGUUGUUCUCUGCAGAGACGCCAAAUAUGCAAAGUACGGUCACGUGUGCGUCUGUGUGUGCGUUUGCGUAACGUUCACAAACAGGCUGUGUCAACAAUGAGGCUGGUGGUGGCGUUGUUAUCCUCCGUCCUGACCAAACAGGCUUGUCGAGAAAGGUGACAUCAUGCGUUGGCAUAACAGUUGUAGGUCACGUGCACCUCCUUUAAAAUACUUAACACUGUACGAUUUUUAAUGUUUGAUAAAAAAAAAACUUUUUUUAAUCCUGA